AUGAAACACCUCGCAGCACUCGCUCCGUUCGUAUCUGUAGCUGCAGCUAUAGAUGCCUUCUUGUACACGACGCCCGACUGUAAAGGUCCUAGUGGUAUUGGUGGGGGCUUCGGCAGCUACUUACGCUGCCUCAAUCUGCGCGCAAACACUUGCUGUGGCAUUAACACGACCGACAGUCCUUUCCAAUCUAUUGGUAUUCAAGAUAUCCGGGAUGGAUUCGCAGUAAAUGUUACAGGGUACGGAGGCGGUAACUGCACCGAGCGCGUGGCUGGACAGUUUGGUGGAGUACACUCUCGGAUUUGCAUCCCAGAUUUUGGGGUUCGAUACACCGGUUGCAACUGGAAUUCCGGGUUUUCUAAAAGGGAGUCAUCAAAGGGCAAACUCGGGUGUCAGAGGCCUGAUGUCCUUGUUUUACCUGACGGAACCGAGUAUGAAUUGAGUCGUCUCAGUGACGAUAGCUUCCAGGAAAUCAUUGACAUCAGCGCCCAAGCGACCGACUCUUCCGACAUCCCUACAAAAUUUCAGGCACUUUGA